CUUACCUUUAAAAUAAGUGAGUGGUUAAUUUUAUUAAACUAGUUACUUGUUAGGAGUUAUUAACACUACACUAGAAUCGCCACAGCAGUGUGAGUAUUACUUAUUCAUCCAGACUUUUAUAGUUAUUUGUGGCAUCUCCAUGCACUAUACUUAAACUUAAACUAUUCACUGUACAGCUGUGUCCUGGCACUCAAGUCAAGGGUGCCAAAAUCAGUCUUAUUCUUUAGUUAGUCUUUAUAGUAGAUUGGACCUUAAUAGUUAAUUAAAUUAUAAUAUCCCAUGUGUUUCACAAAGACAAGGCAAGGGAUAUAAUUAGGGAAGCCAAAAUAGUCCUUUUACUUGUCCGCCCUGGGUGGCACUUUUUUCAAUAAUAGGGCCUAUCUCCUAUGCCUAUAGUUAUAUCUAUACUAUAGGCAUAGGGGCAUUAGGCAUUAGGGGUGCCCCUUUUCCUCUUUGUGGCCCUAUCUCCACGACGAGGUCAUUAACUAUUUAUAAUUUAGUAUUAAGUUGAGUAAAUUACUUAAAGAUAAGAGGGGUGGGGGGAUAUUAUAUUAUAUUUUAUUAGUAUUAGUAUGUCAUGUUAGGUGAAUCACUUUAUUAAAGUGACUUUAUUACUUUAUCAACUUUAUUUCUUUAUGCCAUGUAUUUUCCCAUGGCCGCCAUCUUGGUUGCCACUACCCGUGAAUUUUUACGGGUUCACGGGUAGAGGCGGCCGUGUAAAAAUAAAGUGACUUGCAACUGCUUAAAUUAGGAAUAAAACUUUAAAAUUUAAUGAAAAAAUGUCCCUAUAUGUAUACCUUAACCUAACCUCAAGCCUAAAUGAAAAUGUAUCCCUUACCUGAACCCUAAAACUAGCCCUAAUGCCUCAAGUAAAAAACUUGUAUACGGCUGCAGUCUGCAGUUAAUCACUGUAACAAGAAAAUUAAAUAAAAUAAAUAAAAUCAAUAAAAAAAAAAAUUCUAAAAUAAAUAAAUAAUGAAAACCCAACUAACACUAACAGUUUCAUAGUCAUAGACUACGGUACACUUUUACAAACUUUAUUUCAGGUUCCACCAAAAAGAAUAUCCAGACAAUGAAUAAAAUACCAUGCUGUCAUGCAAUAAUCCAUUUUCAAAUAUGGCGGAAAAUUAAAAUAUUACAAUUACCCAACCAUGAAAUUUUAAAAUUAUAAUUAAUCAACCAAUAAAAUUUUUAUACAAAACAUGCCAUGGUCAGAUUAAGGAAAAUGUAACUCAAGUAACAAAAAACACAAAAAACAAAGGGAGUGUAUCCAAAACAUAAACUUAACAAAAACAUGCAAAUGACAUCAUGGCAUCUCUUCUUUUCUUUGACCGUAAUUUCUACUACCGGCAUAUUACCAAUUAAUUAAAUAUUUGUUGUUUUUGUUACAGUUAAUCUAUUUUGUUAAUUAAGGUUGUUCUCUUUGUAUCAUCAGAAACUAUUGAAUGAGCACAGCUUGUUCAGAUUAAUACAUUAAACCUUGAUAGUCAGUUUACCUUGUUAUGGAGCUGAGCUAUAACCAAAAUAAUUCUAAAGACUCAACAGGUGUAAGAACACCCAACUCAUCCAGGUAAAAAAAAAAGCUUUUAGUUGUCUUUAACUUGCAGGAAAAUAACGGCAUGUUGUUAAUAACCAGAGGGAAUAGAGGUUUGUGGUUGGAGUUUUUCUUCCCUUACAACAGGGGUGGCCAACCCAAAAGGCAUCGCAGGACACUUUGUUUGCGAGUAAAACACUCAUCGGCCAUAUGUCAAUAAUGUCAUUACACCUCAUAUUAAAAUAUUUUUAAAAAUACCCACUAAAAUGCUUUAUAUAAUUAUUUAUCUAUUCUUAAUGCACAUUAUGAAAUGCUAAAUAAUAUAACAGAAUGAAAUGCUAAAUAAUAAAACAAAAAAAAUUAAACUAAAUUGAUAUCAUUUUAUCUUUUCUCUCACUUAUCUUUUCAAAACCGAUUUCUUAGUCAAUUGAAUGAAGAACAAGUAAGUUAAUUGUGAUAAAUCAUGCAUCCACAGGACAUGGGUUGGCCACCCCUUUCUUAGAUGGAUCACCAUUCAAAUUCAAGCCUCAUCAACCAAAAGUGCCUGGAUUUGUGUUGAUUUAUUUUCUAGUAUUGCCAGGGUUUAAACGAUUUUAAAUUAUGAUUUUACUUUUAAAGUAAAAUGCUUUUUUAAAUCUGUAUUUCUUAUUAAGUAUUUUUAAAUUUAUAUUGGGGUUUAUUCUGGCAGCUGCUACUUAACUGGUAAAUAAAACUACUUCCAUUUUUGCAUAGAUAGACAGCUGAUUUUUUAAUACCACUUCAACUUGACUUCUAUCUUCCAACAUCACUGGUUGAAGUGUUGGUUUUUUUUUACUUAGCAAGAAUAUCUUCCUUAUUGGGCUGAUAAGUCCAUUCCAUAUUUUUCUUACCCAUAAUGCUUGGAAUACCUGGGACAAACCUCUUGUUCAUUGUUGAGAGGCAGAGAGCAUAUCUUUGAAUCACAGGGCUAUUUUCAAAUCUAGUUAUCUUAAUUUAGAUUGACUAAAAUUUGAAUUUUAUUUUCAGGGAAAUCACAACAAAAUAAAUUUUUACAAUUAAAAUAUCCUAGACUGCACUGCAUCUGUGCAUAAUUAGGAGCAUUACUCUUGUCAAUUUUAUAGAAAUCUAUUUUUGAAGGUCAGCAAGAAAACUGGUGUCACAGUCAGGAAGUCUUGAGAUUAUACAGGGAAAUGGUUAGUAGCUGGAUUCACAUAUUAUAAACUUAAUUUAUUUCUUUUUCAUUUUUUGGCACCAGUAGUAAAACUCUGGAGCUGGUAAAUGACAUGCUUUUAAGUCAGUGGCAUUCAACUGAGACUUCCAGUACAAUACUUAACUCUGGCAUGUGACUUACACUUACAUGGUUGUUUCCACGUUUCAAAAAUAUUUUAACAAUUAAGCAUGUUAAAUUGAGAAGAAUUUUGAAGCCUUCUGUAAAUAAUAUUCAAAUUCAACACCCAUAUUCUGACUUCGGCCAAUAAAUGUUUGAAUCUAACUUAAAAAUGACCACUAAAGCCUAAUAAUGAAAAAAGCUUUACUUCACCUCAUUCAGAUCAGUUAAUUAAUAGUCUUCGUUCACGAGACAUCAGUUAGCCAUGCAGAUAUCUUUUUAAUCUAAUAUAUAAACAUACACUAAAGUAACAAUUAAGAUACCAGUGAUUUGGCUAACUUCAUAGUUAUAGUUUGAAAAUAUUCUUCAUACAUCCAGGUCCAGAUCUCUUUGCAACAAAUGGCACCAGUUCAAGUUGCAUAUCCUCACAACCUCCUUCAAGACCAUGGUAAGAGGCAGAGCUUUUUUUUAAAUUUCACUCCUUUCAAUACCUUUAUGUUGAAGAAAUAUUAAUUAUUUUUGUACCCUAAUUUUGUUUAAAAUAUCAAAAUGUUAAAACUGUAUUGCAAAUAACAUUAGUUAAAUGAAAGUACAUUCUGCUGUUUCAAGUCAGCUAUCAGUGUAAAACAAAAGUGAAGUUUAAGCCAAAAAGUUAUUUAUUUGUACAAUUAUCUAAAAUGACCUUUCAUUUUUUUUAAAUAAGGAUCUUACACUACUUACAGAUCUAUCAGUAUUAUUCUAGUCUUAACUCUAAUUUAACUAUAAGGUCUAGAGCAAGUAUUGGUUCAACCCCACCCAGACCAGACUCAGCUUUUAGCAAGGGAUCUAUUACUCCAACUAAACAGAUCUCUUUACAAGCUGUUCGGCGAAAGAAUGAAAGGUAUUUAAUAUUUCUUUUUUGCUGAACUUAAAUUAUUAUGUAAAAUAUUGUUGACUUGUAGAACGAGCCAGAAUGUUCUGUUUGGCACUUCUAAACACUCUACUCUUCUGUGAAGCCAUAAGCAAUAUAAUAUUAUGUUUCAGAACAUCAUGAGAGUUAGCUGUUCUUUUUUAAAAGUAUGUAAUUGGUUCCAUAGUAAUCAAAUGCUACCCUAACAUUCAGCAUUGUGAUUUGAGAGUGAAAUCAAUGUUGUCCUAAAAAUUAGGUCAUGUAAUUACAAUUUAAUUAUUGCAGGGUCAAAAUUAUUUUUAUAACCCAUUCAGCUAACUCUAAAACAUUUUCUGUGACAGCUCUGGGGCAUUCAUUGACAAUGCAGAUUUACAAGGGUUGAAAGUUGAAACACAGAGAAUGAAUUCUUUUGAUAAAACUUCAAAUACUGGUAAGUGUAUUAGUAUCACUAGACCUAUUUUAAAGAAAAUAACAGUCCUAAAUAAUUUUACUCUUAUUUUGUUACUUCCAUUUAAUGCACCAUCUUUUGUUUUCACCAUACCAGUCUUAAAAUAAUAAUUUAAACUGUCAUGUUUUUUUAAGGAUUAAAUAUUCCUAGAUAGGGCUGAAAAGAAAAACAUUUGGUCAGUAUGCCUUAUAUUAAUAUGGAAAGGUAAAUGGAUAAACUUCAACAUGUUAUUGAGCUUCCUUGCAACACAGCAUCAGUUGUAGUUUAUUUAUUAAGCAAUUUUCUCAUAAGUUUUAAUUUAGAUAUUUUGUACUUUAUUUUUUACAGCAAAGAGAGAAAAGGACAAAAAACAAGGACAUGCCAGGUAUUAAUUAUAUAAACACCUUUCAUUAGGAUAUUAUUCUACUAUAUGGCCUAGUCCAUUUUAUUAUGGAUAUUUAACUGCAAUCUUGGUUGUUGUCUGUUUAGGUGUGUCAUAAAAAACAAAUCAACCUAAAUUAUUUGUUAAACAUUUAUCUUUUUAUCAUAUAAUUGUAUCUUGAUGAAUGAAGCCAAGUGGUGGUAACAGUCAAUUGUUUUGAAAUUGAUUAGUAUCAGGUAUAUGCUAAAGCCUACGGGAACAGAAAUAGCAUAUUGCCUAGCUACAGCCCUGGCUUUGAUUUUUUUAAUAUAUAACACCAUACAACUUAAUGAAUUUAGAAUAUAAAGAUAGCUUUUUAAACUCAAACUUUUAAGAUAACUUUAAAAUCAUUUUAUCAUUUUUUAGAGACAAAAAGGAUCAAGAGCCUCCUCAGCAUGCUGCAAAAUUGCGUCUCCAAAUUAAAAAUCAUGAUGACAAAAAGAAUGCCACAGAUAAAUUGUAUCAAGAUGAGGAAUACACAUUUGAUUUUAUCAGCUCCAUUGAUGUUAAGGAUAUUCCCACAGCUAAGUUACAAGACAAGGAUUCUGAAAAAAACAAUGAAGAUAGUGAGAAUAGUGAUAGUGAAGAUGAAGACCCUGUAGAAGUAGACAGGAGAGCUCCCAAUGAGCUUUUAAUGGAGGUUUUUAUUUAUUUUAUCUAUUUGUUAUUUAAUUUUCUCAUCAUGCUUCUGUAACAAUGCAUUUUCUUUUCAUUUUUAUCAUGGCUUAUUUACUUUUAAGGGUCUUAACACUUUUUACAAUGAUAUUUAUUAGGAAUAGAGGUAACUCGCUUUUUAAAAAAGUUGACAAUAGCACUUUGUUGCAUUCAUCAAAAUAAUAAAAAAACACAAUUUUAAUAACUUUUAAAAAUCUUUUUUCAGUUUGUUGAUUGCCUUAUGAGAAAGGAUUACAAGAAUGCUGAAAAAUUGUGUCAAAUGAGUAUGUUUUUUAUUAAAUUCUAUUUAAAUAUUUUGUAGUUCUAUUUCUAUUGUUUGUAUGGCACUCAUGAAGCAGUCAUUGUAUGAUUGAGCAUAAUCAGUAUUCUUUCAACUCUAUAUUCAUCAACAGUGUAGAAUGUACAGUGCUAUUGCACCUUAAAAGUUUAAUGAGUAGACUAAAUAGUUUUGAAAAAUUUAUUAAUAACUCUAAUGAUCCCUCAUAACUCUAUUUUUCUUAACAUUUUAAAAGUUGUUUUUUUUAUUAAAGUUUUAUUGUAUGAGCCCAAGAAUCCAGAGGCCCUCAAGUUUCAGCCAUUAAUACAAAGAAAGUUAAAGUUGGGUGAGUGUCAUCUUUGGCAAAAAUAUAAGUGGUCAUUUCAUAUCUUUAUAGUGUGGUAUUUGUAAAUGACCAAUAAAAUGGUAUAUGUUUUUAAUAGAAAUUUUUUAUUUCUUUCAUUAACUUAAAAAGUUUGAAAAGAAGGAAUACUUUUACUGUAGCCUAACAUGUCUGUUAGAAUUGUGAUGGUUCAAUUAUAGAUAUUUAUUACUUUUAUAGAGCUUGUGGUACUGUAACUGAGAUAGUUUUAAGAUUGUCUUAAAUAGUUUGUUUUUUUAAAUUUUCAGAUGAAAGAGCUGCAUUAGAUGAUCAAGAAGAAGAUGAGGAUGAUAGUGACAGUGAUGACACUAGCACAAGGUAUGGAAUAAAUUAACAGUUAUAUCACCUUAUUAUUUAUAUGAAAUAGUAAAACGAGGUUUGUGGAAGCUUGAAUUAGAGAACAGGACAAAAAGAUACGGACGUUUCGGCAUAAAGCCUUCUUCAGCUAACAGUAGAAAUGAAAAUAUCACAAAAAAAUUACAUUUGGUGUGGAAACGAUUGAGACAUAUUCCCUUUUAAAGUUCAAUAUUCCCUUAUAUAUAACUAUUACUAUAAUUACAUGCAGUUUUCUUCAUCCAGUAUACUGUGGCAAGCAGGAUAAAUAUUUGAUUUUAUGCCAUUUGAUCAUUAGUGAACACUAUUGUUUAGUUUAUGACUGCUGAUACAUUUGUAAACAUUUCAGCUCUGAUGAAACCCUUGAUGAUGAGGAAGACGUUGAAGGUGAAGAGAAUGGCAAAGUUGAUGAUGAGCCUGAAAACCCUCAAGUGUGCAUUAAUCCAGCUAGAGCUAUUCUUAAUAUUGUGUUCGGCAAAAAUCCACCAGAAUUUAUUCCACCAGGAACAAAUAUAAACUUAGCAGAAGAGAUAAAAAAAUUGGAAGAGUUUUGAUAAGAAAUAUCUUACAUAACUGUGAUUAUUGAUUAUGUACAUAUGUUACAAGGUUAUAAAAGAUGAACUUUGAAAGUCCUGUGAAGUGAAGCCAUUUUACAAAAAAAAUUUAGUGAAAAUGACAGUGUGUGAAGAAGCAAACAUGAAUAAAAGACUUGUUGAGAUAAGAUUAUUUUAAUUUGUCGUGUGAUGAAGGGAGCCCUAGAUCUGGAUGUUCUUCAAUAAAUAAAAUAAGCAUUUAUUAUAAGACUUGUGUCAUGUGAUUCACAAAACUAAACUAUUUGUAGUUUUGAGUUAUAUAUUUGAUUUCUGCUCCAAAAUAAUAGCGUUUUAUAAAUAAUAGGUUGUUUUUUUUCUUUAAAGAGUAUCUUUUCCAAAACUGGACAUGUAUGAUUGAAAUGAUUUGAAUUAGUUGAAAGUAUUUUUACAUAUUUAUUAUUUGGAUAUGAAAGUCUGUGGAUGACUAUUACACCAGCUUGUAUCUGAAGAUAUUGUAGUUAUUUUAGGGAAAUUGAAGGGAAUAAAAAUUUAUACAAUUUUGCCCAUUAUUAUUCAAGAGUUAAAAAAAACACCUAAUAAAACAAUAUCAUCUGCACAAGAAAUUUUGAAUUCUAGGAGCUCAUUUUAAGACAUUUGAAUGAUAUUUAAAGUUUUACUAAAUGUUCAGUUACGUCUUUAUUUCUUACUUGACAAUUUUGAACCAUGACUGUUACAUUGCAGUGUGUAUUUACAACAAUACUAAAACAGAACACACAAUAAAGAACAAGAUCAACCUGGUAUGUUCAGUAAAAUUGUAUUUUGUUCCAAGGAAAGUAUUAACCCCACAUGAGGUUGGGCUAAAACCAACAUCUUACAGAAGGGAAAAAAAAUAUAUAAAUAAACUUGAUCAACUGUUGUUACUUUUUACAAGACAGAAAAAAUAAAGAAACUUGAAUGUCAUAUUCCACCCUUAUUCUUGUAAUUUAUUUAUAGAAAAGGUCAGUCGUCACUUAUCACAUAUUGCAGUUGGAAAAGCCAGGAGAUAUGUCUUCACAAUUGGGAAAUUCACCUUUUUGGGUUUGACAUAAAUUAUUUUUAAAUCUAUGAUUUUUGUGAUACCCAAUACACAACUGGCUCAUCCCCUACCAGACACAACAUUUAAACAAUAAAUAAUCGUGGAUACUGCAUAUAAUAAUAAUGUACAAUGAGAAUGUAAUUAUUAAAAGGAUUUUUUGGAACACGUCAGCCACAUUCUUAAUCAAGUCUGAAGUUUAAUUUUUUUAAAAGAGUUGAUAUCUCAUUACUCCGUAGAACUACAUCAAAUGUAGAACUACAUCAAAUGACUGGGUUUUUUUUACAUAUGACACAAGAUAAGUAAAUUAAUUUCAUGUCUGGAAGAGAAUGUUUAAUUUUAAACUUCUCAAAUCACUUAUUGAAACUUCUUCCUAAACUGUCCUUACCACCUGUGAUAAUUUUCAAAGCCCUCUGAAAAUCUCCUCCUUAGCAAAGUGAAUUAAAAAAUGUGUAUUUGAAUGUAAUGGAAGAAAUACAUGUUUGAGAAAAUGGCAAGUUGCACAUAUUUCCAAUACACAAGUGAAAAAAAUAAUUGGGAAUUAUUUUUAAAAAUCUCAUUUUAAUUAACUGAAUGAUGGAGUACUCUUUGAAAAACAUCCCUUUGGCUAAUUUACUUUUGAUACAAUAAUUUUUCAAAUUGCCUUUCUUGUUUAAAAAUAUGGGCAACUCACUGUUGUGAGACAAAAACAAGAUUUUGAGACCGUAUUCCUUUUGAAUUCCUCCAGUUUAUUUUUAUAUUAUAUUAUUCUGAAGACUUUCAAUAUCAAUAUGAAUUUCCUCUUUGGGUUUGGGUUUAUUUCUCCAGCAAGUACCCAUUGAUGUUGGAGCAGCAUUUUCAACCCAAGGCAAGUUGUGCAAUAAAGUAGUUCCAUCUUUACCAUAAGCUAAAUUAGUUUACAUAAUUAUAAACAAAUGCAUUAGCUUAAUAUCUCUGCACUAUAAAUAAGCAUUAUCCGACCACCCCCCAAAAAUCAGACCUGAAAAAUAUUUUGUGUAGAUCGAGUACCACCAGUAACACAUAAAUGCUUGGUCUGCAAUGAAGUGUUGUGUUAAUGCAGAUGAAUUUCAAUUUCAUGAUAUGGAGGAAAUGAAGAUUUAAUGCCCAAAAAAGAGUCAAUGCUGAAAACUGCCACUAUCAAUGGAAAUGAAUAACCUAAAACACAAUAUGACAAGUAUUGAACUCUUUGAAUUGAUUUUAAUAUCUCCAAAUAAUUCAAUAGUUUACAUUCCAAUCAGUAUAAUUUGUUGAUUCAAAUUUAACUGUGGUUUGAUACUGAAGAUGCUACAUGGUAAAAAUCCGUUUUUACAUGUCUAAGUAGUCAAAAGUUUUGACUUCACAAUAAAAGCAGUGCAUUAUGAUAUUAUAAAUUAAUCAUUUGAAGAAGGGGAGUAAGUAAGUGUCAUGGUGGCAUAAAACCUCAUAGACCAUCACAGAUCUCACAGCACAUCUUGCACACUCAACACAAAUCCUGUCUUAGUAAACAAUAAUAUCUCAAACAAAAAUGCUGUCUUAUGACACAAUAAAACAUCAUUUUAUAAACUUUUCAAAUGCAUAUUUAACAUUUAUUGUUUUAUGAAGUAUCAUAAAGUGGUUUCUUACAUAUUUUUUUCACGCCCAUUUUUUUUCUUUAAAAAAAUGUCAGCAUUCAUGCAAUUUUUUAAGUUUGCCAAAAUGAAUCAUGUCAAAUUUACAAGAAAAAGUACAAAUAAAUAAUGUCUUAAACUCACAUAUUUAAAAAAAGUAGCUUGAAAAGAUAAAAGCAUUUUAAUAUUAUGUAUACAUAUCCUUUAAAUAUAUUUAUAUGUAUACAAUACUUAUAACCAUAUGAUGUAAAUUACAGGAUAAAGAUUUUUUUCACACAAAAUGUAACCUUCUCCUUUAUCUAAGGCAUUAAUUUCAAAGAACUACAUUAUAUUUAAGCAAUGGAGUUUAAUUUUGUUAAAAAUCACAAUAGAAAAAAAUGGCACAUCUACAUAGAGUAGAGAAUGAGUUCAUUAUUGGUUUUUGUCUUGUGUGACAAAACAGGGAUUUCUCUAGAAUACACAAGCAUCAGGAAUAAACCCAGUAACAAAUAAACCCACAGCAAGCAAGUUGUACAGCCACUGUCUUUCAGCAUAGUUAAAACAGGCACUGAUUUUUAGGAAGUGCUUUUAUGAAACCUAAGAAGAAACUGCAAAUAACAUUAAAACUUGUGAUAGCAGUGCCUUGAAAGAGAAGAAUUUGAAAAUAAAUGUCUUGUUGGCCUUGUUCAUUUGGUUGAUACCAAAGUUUGUCAACUACCAUUUUAAUGUUAUAGCUCCAAGAAUAUCAACUGAAAAUGUAAUAAUUAGUGGCCAAAAUAGUUCAUUCUUUUUUUUAUGGAUCUAUUUGAAGAGACAUAAGCAAAUUAUUUUUAAUAAACUUUUGUUCACAUAGAACUGUAAAAUGUUAGAUUUUGAUUUAUUUUACUGUGAGAGUCAAAGAUGUUUGUCAUCAACACUUAAAAAAGUUUUGGAAUAAUGUAAAUUAUAGAAUUUCAAAGCUCUUUAUAUCUCCAAAUCCUGUUAAAACUGGCCAAAAUGAAACCCAUGACUCCUUGAAUUAAAAUCUGUCCAUGUGUGUAAUUAAUUUUAAAGGACAGGGGUGGCAAGGGGGGGAGAGAAGGAAAAGAGAAGGGGGCGGGGGAGCUGAUUGAAUAAAGCACUAUAUUAAGGAUUGGAGAUAAGUACGGAAUUAUUUAUUUUAAGACUCUACUUAAAAUCAGUUGUAAUUAAUUUGAAUAUUUUAAAAAAAGGAAGUAAAGAAGGAAAUACAAUUAAAGGAAAUCAAUUUAAAUGGUACUGUCACUUUUUUCUUUAGGGCAACACCCCACUCUACCAAUUCACUAU